CACAGCGCUAGCAGGGUAGUGCGUUCGGCGUGAGGCCAGCGGCCGCUCUGUUCCUUCGUUCUCCUCCUCCCCUGGGCCCGCAGGGGAGAGUGACACUCACCAGGCGGCUCCGUCCCGGCGGCAGCCCCCCGCGUACCCCUGCGUGUCUGAUAAGCAGUGUCUGAGGAGCGAAGGACCUGAGAAAGGGAGCACCUGCUCUUGAGGUCGCAAAGGUGCUAAAGCAUGGCUGACUUGGAUCACAACCUAAGUCUCGCAGAUGCUCUGACAGAGCCGCCUCCUGAAAUUGAGGAAGAGGUGAAAAGGGACUUCAUUGCCACACUGGAAGCAGAGAAAUUUGAUGACGUGGUUGGAGAAACAGUAGAUAAAACUGACUAUGUUCCUCUGCUGGACGAUGAUGAUGCAAAACCUGGGAGCCAGGAACCAAAGAGCAAACCCCAUGCAGAUGGUAUUCAGGUGGAAAAUACUUCAGCUUCUGGGCCAACAGUUGUAGAAAAUGGUGACCAUGGAAUAGAUCACCGCACAGUAUUCCCAGGAGAGAACAUGGAUGAAAAGCUGUCUUACAAAGAAUUUCUUGAUCGCAAUGAGUCCUGGACAAUGGAUGACAGAGACCUGUGCUUUGAAUCACAGCCAGUAUUCAAACCCAUGGAGAUGGCUGAUUCCUUCAGCAUGCACAGAGGGGACAAUCUGCCUGACUUAUCAUUUCCUACUGACAUGAAGAAUGUGCCGCUGUUCACUGACCAUGUUGACACUUCCAGAGGCAUCCAUGCACCACAUGAAUCUAUGAUGGUACCUGGACAACCUUUCUUGGGGGCCCUGUAUUCGCCUGCAGAGGCUCUAGACCAGUCAUCCUUCAUUGACUUGGAUUCAACAGCAGAAUUUCUGCAAGACAAAGCAGUGCCUGAAGAACACUGGAUGGGAGUUCAGCAUGAUGUGAAGGCACCAGAUGCCUCUUUCUUUGUUGAGCCACCAGUGCCCACUGCUGUGACAGAAGCAAUGAACCAGAAUUUGCCGGAAGGCCCUGCUCCUGGUUUCCUUCCUACUGCGGUAACAACAUCCCCAGGAGAGGCCAAUGCUACUGACAGACUGAACGUUGCGGCAUCAGGAGACACCAAGCCUCUUCAAGCUCUGGAUGCUGGAUUUGCACCCACAGUGGAAGCCAACCCUUUUCAGGCUAUGGAUAUUGGGUUUGCUCCUGCACCAGAAGUCGAGCCUCCUAAUGCUGUCAAUGCAUCUGCUCCAGUGGCAGACACCAGCUUCACCCCAGCAGAUGCUAUGUCCCAUUACACUAUGGAUUUGGAGUUUGCCCCAGCAGAAGAUGCAGGGUUUGCCCCAGCAGCAGAUAUGGAAUCUCACAAUGCUAUGGAUUUGGCAUUUGCCCCAGCAGCAGAUGUGGAAUCUCACCAUGCUGUGGAUAUGGCAUUUGCCCCAGCAACAGAUACUAAAUCUCAUCAUGCUAUGGAUUCAGAAUUUUCCCCAGGAGCACAUGCAGAGUUUGCCCCUGAAGCAGAAAUCAGCUAUGUUCAUGCUGUGGAUUCUGGGUUUGCUCCUGUAGCAGACACCAAGCCUCUUACUGCCAUGGAUUCUGGGUUUGCUUCUGUAGAAGCUAAGUCUGCCACUGCAACUGACACCAAGACCGCUGCUUCUGAAGAGCUGAUGACUUCUGAGUCUUCUCUUGAGCAAGACAAGUCACCCUUCAGCAAGCCUCCUGCAGAAGCAACUGCAAAUGUGGAACAAGAAUUGAAAGACCCAGAAGGCUGUGUUGAUCUUUUAGAGCAAGCUAAAGUUGGCAAACCACCUCCCAGCAACCAGGAAGAGCAUCUUCUGGAGCAGACAAACCAUCUUUCAGAACCAGCAGUUCCAGUAGAAGCAAAAGAAGCUGUUGCACUAGAAAAUAAAGACCUCCUUCCAGAAAAAUCUCUUACUGCUGUGGAUGUUACUGUUACAGAGAAACAAAAGGAGGAGGCAGAACACAACCAUGUCCAACAUGCAGAAUCUCAGCAAGAAAAAACCCUGCAGGAGCCCACAGGUCUACCUACUGCACAAAUAAGGCAAGCUAACAAAUCGAGUGAACGCAGGUUUGGCAGAGCAAAACCUGCGCCAGUGCCUAUUACAGAUGUACCAGAGGAACGUCUAAUAGGUCUCCCACAACAGAAGAGCACUGACCCAAAAGUAGACCCCUAUUCUGUAGUGGAAAUUGGAUGUGUGGCUGGAACAUCCCCUCGCACUAGGGUUUCAUAUAAAAAGGCAACUGAGCAUCCAGCCAGUGUGCUCUCAGAGUCUGUGGAAAGCUGCAGAGAUCUACCAAGGGAGAGCUGGGAUUUGGAAGGCUCUCUGGCCAUUGUGAAGAAAAAGAAAAAGAAACCAAAACAAAAGAGAAACCAGCUGCCAAGAACAAUGGAGUUCUGGGAUGAAAAUGGAACAGUGUCAAAAGCUUCUAGAAAUUCUCCAUUUGCUGUUGAAUUGCAAAAGCCAGAUGUCUGUCCUGUAAUGCCUGCUGAAGCUCGCAUGGAGCAGUCAGUUGCCUCAGGAAACAGAGUUUCAGAUAUGGCAAAGGAUCUUAAAAAAAUAACUGGAAGUCAUAUCCUGGAUGAGCAAAAUGCCUUUUCGGUGCCAGCACCAGGAGAGCAGGCCCCAAAACCCAAUGUGCCUUUAGAAUCGGUGUUGGAUGCAAAAAAUAGAGAGGUCAUGAAAACAGAAGAAAUGAGAGAUGACAGUUUGAUGUUGCAAUCUAAAGGCAAAACAAAAGAGUUUCCCUUGGAGCAGCUAGGGAAGACUAAGGUGGGGGAAUCUGUUACAGCAAAGGGGCCAGCCAAGGCCAUAGAAAGAGAUUUUCUUGAUAAAAAUGCGAUAAGAGAUAAGGAGGCUAAAUCCACAUCCCCCAGGAGUGAGGCAUUCACUGACCCUGUCCAUUGUGAGGUUCAGACCUCCAGCAGGUCACUGGAAGCAGCAGCAAAGAAAAGAGGUACUUGUGAAAAAAGCAAAGGGGUUGAAAAUGAACCCUUCAAACAGCCAGCCCUUCCAGAGGCUGUGGGCCUGUCGGACAGGCUUCCUAAUGAGACAAAGGCAACUGAUGAAACUAAAACAGUGUCCCCCAGUAAGUGCAUGGCUGUUGACUUUCCUACUUCAGAGGGAGAUUUGAAGCUCCCAACAGAUACUACAGAAAUUCCUGUUGCACCAUUAGUAGUGCCAAACCCCAAGGAAGUUACAGCUUUGCAAAACAGAAAGGCCGAUAGUUUUUCAGAGCAGCCAUUUCUUCUGUCAGCGAAGUCUAAUGCAACCAAACAUCCCACCUCCACUGAAGCAGUGGACAGAACGAUGGGAGCAGGUUCCCCUGAUAAAAACAAAGGGAAAGGAUUUAUUGCAUUGGAGCAGCAGGCUGGAAGAGAUCCCGAUAUUGCACAUGGGAUGGACAGACCUAGAAAAAAGCGUGGUGAAGGGAAAGUAAAAAAAAUCAAGAGCUUUUCUGAGCAGGUGAUGUUUUCAGAGGAUGUAAGCAGACUAAAUGAUGGAGUGAGGAUAGAUGAGACUAGAAAAGAUACAAUUUACCCUGAUAAAGGUAGAGGUUUUGCUGCUAGAGGACAUCCGUCAGUAACCAUUGCACAUGCUUAUCCUGUAGACAAGCCCAAAAAAAGAGGUAGUGAUGGAAGAAGCAAAAAGGGUGAAAGAAGUUUCUUCCAGCAGCCUUUUCUUGAGAGUAAGAUGGACCUGAGUAGCUUUCCUGACAUUACUGGUAAGCCUGAGGAGAUUAGUGUUAGUGAUAAAGGCAAAGAGAGGGUCUGGGUUACUGGCGAGUGUUUUCAGGAGAAUAUAUCAGAUAUAAGUAAAAUGCAAAGGCCAAUUGAACUGGGAACAGAGGAGCCUAAAGAAAAUGUUGGAAAUAAAGAAAUAGCCAAUUUGGGUGCUUUAGACCAACCAUUCCUGCUGGAGAGUAGGAGAGUGGAAGCAGAGCAUCUUGUUAUGGCUGACAUGAUCAGCAAAACAGAAGAGAUAGAUUUGAUUAACAAAGGCAAGGAGGCUGGAAUAACUUCUGAAUCAAUGGUGAGGAAUUCUGAUGCACUGCUGGUGGCAGACAAACCUAGAAAGAGGAGCAGUGAGGGGAAAAGAAAAAAACAUGAAAAAAGUCCUCUGAGGCAGGCAGUUCUCUGGGAUGCUGGGGUGGAAACAAGCAAUUUUCCAAGCAAACAGAAGGUGGCUGGAAGCACAAAAGAAAUUACCUUUGGCAAAGAUAAGGUGUCUGGUUUUGAAAGAGAACUUGAGCUGGAGAAUCUGUCAGGUAUAACCAGAGAGGUGCUGGCAAAGCCUGAAAUACCAGGUGGUGAUAGAAAAAGUUUCUCAAAUCAGCCAAUUCUUUCAGGUCAUAAAACAGAGACAUCAGAGCCAGAAAUUGUCAACACUAAAGAAACUUGGCCUGUGAACAAAGGUAAGGAAGUAGAUACAGCUGAGCCUCAGCCAGAGUGCAGGUCAGAUGCAGCUGCGGCACACAGUCUGACCAGGGGACCAAUGAUGGACAAGCCUAAGAAAAAAAGUAGAGAUGUGAAAGGCAAAAAAGAAGAAAAUAGUCUUGAGUGCUCUGUACUGAGUCCAGGUAACAUCCCUGUGGUAGGUGAAGAGUUGGGAAACAUUAAACAAACUCAACCUUUUGAUAAAGGCAAAGAGACUAAUUCCAGUACCUUAGCCAGUCUGCUAGGUGACUUGACUGGUACUACUGAAGUACAAGCUCCUGCUGUACCUCUGGAGCCAGAAAAGUCACACACAAGUAGUAAAGAGAAAUGCAAAAAGACAGAGGCUAACGUUCAUCAGCCAUUCCUUCUGGAGCAUAAAGCAGGUGCGGAGAUGUUUCCUCCUCGUGAUGUGGAGAUAACCAACAAAUUUGAAGCAGGAAGUCCCUCUCCUUGCAGCAGUAGUGGGGGACUGCCUGUCCUAGAGCACCCAACAGUGGCAGAUCGCACUGUGACUACAGUUACAGAUAGAUCUAAAAAGAGGGGUCAUGAUGGAAGUAGUAAAAAGGCUAAAAAUGCCUCUGAACAGCCUGUUCUUCUAGAGACAAAACCAAUCAGGAGUGAAGUACAGCCUCCCGUGGGAUCUGAGAUGGCAUAUGGAAUGGAAGCCAUGGAUUUUGUAGAUGAAAAUAGAAAUAUUAAAAACUUCCCUGUUGGCCCUCAGAUGUUUUGGAAUAAUAAAGGCAAUGAUUUGGAAUCCUUUGCUCAGACAGCGGGGACUGCCUCUGAUAACACUGACAGUGUUUCUUCUAGCUUCCCAAAGCAGACUGAUGAGGGUGCAAGAAGUAAGGGGCUUCCUCCUCUGGAAGCAACAGCAGAGAAAAGCAGCAAAGAGCCUGGACCUGGUGCUGAGGAGGAGAUACAGAAAUCUUGUGAGCAGCCAAUCAAUCUAGGACACAAAGAGCCUGGAAAAGAGGUUUCAAAGAAAGAUGGUGAAACCAAGGAGGUUGCUUCCCAUGAUGGCAGUGAGGCAGGUAAACCCCUUUCUUUGGAUCAGUCAGUUAAACAGGACAUUAAGUCAAAGAAGGAUGAAGUUCCUCUUUCUCCUGUGACAAAGGUGGAUGAUACAGAAAUAACAACCACUGAUAAAAAACACAGCACUGACAACAUUUCCUCAGACCUUCCUCAGAAGGUGGCAGAUUCAGAAAGUAGACCAGCUCCUGUGAGUGCCAAAGGGACAGAGAAACUAGAGGUAACUGUCUCUUCUAGAGGGAAGGAUCCAGAACUUGUGGUACUGGAGAGCAGAGCAGAAGCAGCCGUGUCGCAGGUUGUGGCAGAAGCGCCAGUGGAGAGUAAACCUGAAGAGCCUAAGUUGGAUGGAGGCAAGAAGAGUGAGCAGAGCUCACCAAAGUACUUGAGCAGUUUGGACAGUAAAGUGAUGGAAGCAGAAGCUGCUGGUUUAAAUCUGGCAGCUGCCCAAACAACCAAACUAAGUCCUGACGAUAAUGAUAAAGGUCAUUCUCAGCUUGCAGAAGUGGAUGCUUCUCAGGAUGGGGAAGCUCACCUAAAGGAUGCCCUGGCAUUGAAGUCUGAAGUAGAUACACCUCAAGACGCAACUAAAGAAAAGGAAGGAGAGUGUGAACAAAAAGUUGUGAAGGAGGCAAAGAAAGAGAGAGUUAAAGCAGCAGAACAGAUAAAAAGCUACAUGAGACCCACAAAGGCAAGAGGGGUGCCAGCUCUGCCAGCCAGGUCUGCUGUGCCAGACAGAGAGAAACAAAAGCAGCUGAAACCCACUGGUAUGGGCCGGCAGAAGCAAGAAAAAGCAAAACUAGAAGAGGCUAAACCAGUUGAAGCUGUGACAGGGAACGAUAUCACAGCACCUCCCAACAAAGAGCUUCCUCCCAGCCCUGAGAAGAAGACAAAGCCUGCCAUAUCCACGUCAUCUACAAAGCCUGCAGCAACGAAAGCCAGGCCCCUGUCCGCUACCAGCCCCAAGCGGCCACUCUCUGCCUCGCCUGGCCUAAACAAAAAACCCACGAGCCCUGCUGCAGGUCCUACUUCAGCCACUACUACUAAACGCCCAGCCACCAGCACUACACGUCCCUCAACCCUAGCUCCAAAAGAGACUAAACCAAAGGUUGCAGAUGCGAAGACCACAGAUAAGCCGACCUCACUUUCAAAGCCUCCGACAACUGCCACUUCUAAAACUACUGUUAGGAGCAGCCCUGUUACUCCUAAGACAACAGCAGCAUCACCAGUUGCUGCAACUGCUGCUGCGAAAAAUAAUGCUACUUCUCCACCGAAGAGGCCAACAUCCAUCAAGACUGAUGCAAAGCCUGCAGAUGCCAAGAAGACCCCUGCAAAGUCACCAUCAGCAGACUUGAGCCGCCCUAAGAGUGCUACUGGAAAUGCAGUAAAAAGCAGCACCACCACUUCUACCACCUCCUCCAGUGCACCUACUUUACCUGGAGUAGCCACCAGUCGUCCCAAACCCAAGCCUGCUGCAACCAAACCCACCACAACCUCUACCACAACACCAGAUGCUAAAAAACCAAUUGCCAAGGUUCCAGCUAAACCCAGCAACGUUUCCAAGCCACCUCGCCCCACCAGCAGUGCUUCUGCUCCAGAUCUGAAAAAUGUACGUUCCAAAAUUGGAUCAACAGAUAACAUUAAGCAUCAGCCUGGUGGAGGAAAGGGGAAAAUAGAGAAAAGGCCAGAAUCAGCCGCUGCUGCACGAAAGUCUGAACCCAAUGUGGUCUCUAAAAUGGCUACUACUAAAACAACCGUAUCAAAAGAGGGUGCCCCAAAACAGCUCAAUGGGAAAGUCCAGAUAGUCUCCAAAAAAGCGAACUACAGCCAUGUUCAGUCCAAGUGUGGUUCCAAGGACAAUAUUAAGCAUGUCCCUGGAGGUGGGAAUGUGCAGAUCCAGAACAAGAAAGUUGACCUUUCCAAAGUGUCCUCGAAGUGUGGCUCUAAAGCAAAUAUCAAGCAUAAGCCAGGGGGAGGAGAUGUCAAAAUUGAGAACCAGAAGCUGAACUUCAAGGAGAAGGCCCAAGCCAAAGUGGGUUCUUUGGACAAUGUGGGACACUUGCCAGCAGGAGGAACUGUGAAGGCUGAGGGGAGCGCGGAGCCAGAGCAGCUCCCGCCAGCCCCUCAGAACGGAGAGGUGACAGCGGCCCAGGCAGGCAGUGAGAUGCGGGAGAAUGGCGUAGGGCCGGCAGUGCCCACUGCCCUCAGUGGUGGUGACCAAAGGGAAAUUCAGAGCUUCGAGACUCAGAUACAAGAAACAAGCAUCUAAUGAUGACAUUAUGAUUGAAUCUCACAAGCUGACGUUCCGUGAGAAGGCCAAGGCUCGAACAGACCACGGAGCGGAAAUCGUCGUCUCCAAACCCCCCAACCUUUCCAGCAGCACUUCCCCCUGGCGUAGCACAUCCGUCAGCGAGAGCCUGGGCUCAGUCGCCUCCUUGUCACCGCUGCAACAGCCAGCUCCCCUUGCAGCGCUUUCUCAGCAAGGCUUGUGACCCCUCCCAGCCCCGUCCCCUGCCCUCUCCCCAGAGUAAUGCAGCUUGGCUCUCUUAACCCUGCCCCUGGCUUUAGGUGAGAAGGGGACAGCGUUUAGCAGGGCUAGCAUCCCUUUCAGCCACAGUGACUCUUCCAAGCAUCCUGGAGGCUUGCCCCUGCCCAAGCGUGUCAGGCUCCAGUUGUCCUUUCUUGGCUGGAAGGGGCUUCCUCCCCUCUCCAUGCCUCAUCCCUUUUGCUUUUAGGGAGAUGCUGGAGCGAGUGUUAGUGUUGUGUGGCAGGAAUGGGCAACUAGUUGACCUCCAGGCUGUGUCUUAGUGGCUGGGUAGGAGCGUGCCUGUGCUGCUGGUGGCUGAAGCCAGGCCAGAGUUAACAGGGAUAAGCUGUGACCUUUCUUUCUGUCUUCAUUUUUAAACAAGACAAGAACCCACCUUUCCCUCCCUGCCGCUUCAGUUUCUGCUGAUCCUGUUUGAUGAUGAUGAUAUAUAUGAUACACACACGUUUAGGCUGUUUUAACUGUUGACUUUAACCUUUUAUUCUUUGUGAUGAUGUGUUGAUGAUUUAUUGUGCUACAGACUCCUGCUAAGUUUCCUUUUCUCUUUCCUUCUUUUCCUAACCGUAGGAGAGUAGAGACAUUAACCGCUGCUGCAGUGCUGGCAUCUUAUUGACAUAUCCAGCAAUUGUAACAAUUUUGUUGUUGGUUGUUUUGGGUUUGGUUUUUUGUUUUUUGGGUUUUUUUUCUUUUAAUAUUUUAAAACGAUGGAGCAAACUCAUGGGAUUAAGCCAUGUCUGAAGUGAAAGGCUCGAGAAUGUGUUAACAGAGAACUUGCUGUAACAGAUCAGAUGCAGCCUGUGUUGACUGCAACGAGACAUGUUGGCUUGAUGCUGGUAAAACCUCUUGUAGGCCCAGGACGUGUUAGCAGGGUGAAGACGGUUUAUUUAUUCACGUUCUCAGCCACAGCCCUGGGAUUGAGCUUUUUCUGGCUAGGGCCUAAGGCCAGAGGAGAGGCAGGAGGCUGCUGUCGCGGUGGAGUUGCAGGUUGACGCGGGCCUGGAGUUCCGAGGCCAAAGCAGGUCUGUGGUGUGCGCAUGUGGUGUGUCAGCAGAGGCCGAUGGGUGGGUGACCGUGUUGUCCGGCUGUCCGGGGCGAGGCCGAGGUGGGGGAGAAGGGAAAGGUCCCCUUUCCCCUGGGAUGAUGCACCCCAGGGUGUGCAGGGGGCUGGGAGGGAGCAGAGCCCUGGCUGGGGCAGGGGCGGCAGGUUUUAGUGCCAGGGAGUUGCAGCUCUGACUAGGACUAAGGAGAUUGACCUACUCGCGGGGGUGUGAGCUCCUCGUUUCACGUUGCAAAUGACACUAAAAUAAUGUAAAUAGAUUAAACCCAAGAAGAACAAAACAGAAAAGAAAAAGUGUUCUUGGGUGGACACAUUAAUUUAAAGCAAAAAAAAAAAAAAGAAAAGCAGCAACCAGAAAAAAAGGCGGAAUAACAAAACACUGGGAUCAAAGUGAACUGAACCAGGCGUGUGCUAAGGGGGGGCUGUCCAAGGAGGAGACAGAGGGAAGCCGGCAGCUUCUCGUGCUUGGGGGAAUCUUUCUGUGGGAAGCCGACAACGACACGAUAACCCAGAAUCUGUAUUUACACACAAAGAUUCUUAUUGCACUUGUAUUUUUUAUAUUAAAGUUUGCAUGAUUUCUAAUAAAAUGGCAUUAAAAUGUACUAGUUUGCAUCAAAGUCGUCUGCUAGUUUCGUAAGUGCUUUUUUCCUCUGAAUACAAAUUUAAAUAAGCAAUGCAGAUUUGCACCUCAAAGGGGCGGUUAUAUAUACCCUGGAAAACUCCCAGUGCUUCCCUUCCUCCUCCUCUUCCUCCCCACUGCACUCCUCCCCUCCAUCCCACAUCCCUUUAAUCCCAACCCAGGGAAAGCUGCCGAGCUGCUCUCUCCCUGCCCCUGUGUUGUGGUGUGUUGUGGUGUGUGGCCUCUGUUGCAGGCCCAGCUCUUCAGUGGGAAGGGCUGGAGCUGGGGCAGGGGCUGAGGCUGGAAACCUCAUUCCUCAAGAGAGCAGAGCUGUGUCAGGAUGCUUUGAAACCCUCCAGCCAGUCCCAUGGGGGUGCUGCUGCCUCCGACCACCCAUUCACCUGCAUGCUGCCCUCCGGUAUAUAUCACUGCCCUUUGCUGAUGCUUCCUUCUUUCUCUUACUGCUAAAUGCUAAACACCAGCUUGAUCUUGUCAAUGUUGGGUUUGGUUUUGUAUUGGUUUUAUCCAACACUUGAAUUGAGGGGAAGUUUCGAGGAGAGGGACUGAGGCGAAGCCCGAUCCCCUCCCUCAGCAGGGGCUGUGCUUCCCCAAGCAAUAAUGCCGAUCCACUCGGGGCUAGGGCAGGCGCUGGCUAGAGGGUCUGGUGCCCCUCGAGAGGCUCUGGUGCUGGCAAAGGUGUGCCUGGAGCCACGCUUCCCUGCUUGCAGGCAGCAAACACAGGCUGGCAGCAGGUGACGCUGACCCCAGGCUCACCGGCUGGGCAGAGGAGGUGGCAGAUUGGUGCUGGUGGCAGUGGCCAGGGACCACUGGAGUGGUUUGAGGCAGGGACGGUGCGGUCCAGGCAGUGGUGGUUCGAGGAGGUCGAAGCUGAGAUGUCGCGUUCCUCUUGCGGUGAUGCCCUGGGGUGAGAUGCCCGGGUGCAGAGAGGCAGCCAGGUCCUGGUCAGAGCUCAGGGGCGGCAGGAGGAAGGGAAGUGGCAAUGUUAGAUGUUAUCUUCUGAGGUUGAAAAAGCAAAAAAGGCAAACCCCGAGCCCACCUUCUCCCCCCACAUUGCUAUUAUCUGCUGUCUUGGCUGCUCCUCAGUCCCGGACUAUGCUUUCAGACCCAUCUCUGAACAUGCACACCCCUUCCCAGACUCUGACACAGUUCAGCCGAGCACCAAGCGGCUGCCCUGUACUUCUGUGCCACUUUCUCUAACACUUGUUGUGCCUGUGUGUAGCUGACAAACAAAUCCAGAUCCACUCCUUGGCUGUGGUUUUUCUAGGACAGUGUCUUCAGGUUUCAUACUGUUUUACUGGGGGGUUAUUUCAUUUUAAGGAAACGGCGCGGGAAGAGAUCCAUGUGUGGGGAAAACAGCUUUAGUUGCCUAAUGUGGAGAGGUGGGAGUGAGCUGGUUUGUGCUGAGACCUUAACUGAGGAUUGCAGGGAAGCUGCUGGCUGGGCAGAGCUGGAGAAGGAGCUGAAUUUGAUGUUGGCUUAAUCUAGGGAAAGAGGGAGCAAAUUCUCCUGGAUGUAAAGAGCUGUGGUGUGAAUUAGAUCAACUUGAAUGUACACAUUGCUGUCCUGAGCUGCUUCCUGUCGCUCCUGCUUUCCCUGCAGCUGCGUUUGGUCUGAUGCUGCUCUGGGGGGGGACAGGAGGAGGAGAGAGGCAGGGGCUGGCAUGGCCAAGCAGGCCGGGGGCUUUGGUGAGCUUGGGUCAGAGCCCUGCUGGUUGGGGCACUGCGGGCAGCGCUUGAGCCCUUUGCUAAGCUCAGGGUCAGGGUGAGCGUUGGCUUGGUAGGGGCUGAGCUGCUGGAGUGAAGAGAACGCAGCAGGAAGGGCUGGGGGUGAGCAUCCCUCUGGCUUGGGCAGGCAGGCUGCAUCACCGUGGCCAUCCUGGUUGCUGGUGCCCAGUGUCUCCAGUUACUCUGGGGCUUUUUACACUGUUAAAGUACAUUCAAGUAACUGAGUUUGUGUGCUUGAGGCCACAGGAGCAGGAGUGCCCUUGGGCUGGCACCCUGACCACAAACUGAAUGUAGUUUUCUAUGCUGACCCCUGCCAUUGUCCCCUGUGGGGCUCUAGGACCCUAAAACAGAUGUUUGUGUUCAGGCCGUUCUAGUUCUCUUGGAGUGUGGCAGGAGCUUGAUGUUGGUGACAGCCUUGGGGUGACCAGGGCUCCUGUGUCCUCCCCACAUGUGGAUGGGGGCAAUGGCAGAGCCCACCCUAAGCUCUUCAGUGCUGGCCCUGCAAAAGGCCGAGUGGCAGCCUCCAGGCUUGGGGGAAAUGGCACCAAAAGCCCUCCUGGCCCAGGGCAGGCUGCGAGGGGGUGGAAAGCUGCGAUGUGAGGCAGCAGCAGUAGCAGCAGGGGUACUCUGGGCUCUCCUUCCUCCUCCCCACCUGAAAUCCAGCUCCAGUAAGCAUCUGCCUUCCAGCUCUCCCUCACAUGGGUCUCGCUGGCCACCAGCCGCUGUCCAGAGAUCAGGCACGAGACUCUGGUCUUGCACCCACUGUGCUCGUCCCACCCCAGCAUUCAGCACUGCCUGCAGCUUUGAUUACCCCAUAACAUAGGUACAGCGAGUAAUGGUGUAGUGGGGGGAAUGACCGUGGGGAGGGGUGGCUGGACUGAGAGGACAGUAGGGCUGGAGACAAGGGUUUGGGACUGAUCCUGGCUCUUGGCUCCCUCUGGGGUCUUGGGAACCUCUCUGCCUCAGUUUCCCCAUCCGCAAGGUGGGGAUGAUACUCCGUUUACCUCACCGGGCUGUUGUGAGCAGUGCGUAACAUGUGCUCUAAGUGUGAUGUGUUCUUACUGUUUUGUGUCAGGAUUAUUCUGCAGCAGCCCCAUCUCCUCGGGGCAGUGAGUGCACCCUUGUGCUGAGGGGAGGUCAGUGCAUGGUGUGAGGCCUGAGACAACAGCUCUGGGAGCUGGGGAGGGGGCCGGGGCAGAGCCCCUCCUGCCAUGGGGUUCAUUCAGACUGGUUUGCUUCUGCCUUUCUAUUUCACCCUCCUGCGAGGGGCAGUACGGCCGUCGUCUCCUUAGCAACAUUUCCUGAAUUGAUGUUGUGAUUCUUACUAUUGUAAAGGGUUGAAAUAAAGCUUCUAGAUGUUC